ACCAUGUAUUUCUUUGGUGAAAAAUAAAGAAAACCGAUAUUUAAAGACGACUUUUCUCCAUUACCCAAGAGCCAGAAACUCAUCUGAGAUACUUCUGAAGGCCAUGAGAAAAGAUGUGGAGAAGGCGGGUAGCGGAAAUACCUCUGCACCAAUCAGAACGCAGGAUCUCAUUAUUGACUGUCCGGUCAGCCAAUCAGAGGAAACCAUACCUCUCCGUGGGCCAGAGCUGGGAUAAUGUUCUUCACAGCUGUUUUUUCCCCUCUCUUUCUGGAAGUCAUGGCAGGAUUCAGGCAGGAUUAAACUUCCAGUUUGCUGAACGGUGAAUAAACCCGGAACUUUUACCGCUGAGACCUGCGUGCAGAGCCCCGUCUGGUGAGGUAAUGUCUCUGAAAUGUUCAAAUGCCAUUCCCAGCUGCAGCGGGCUGUAGCCCCAGGCUGCUCCGGGUUUGCUUUUUAAGCUUUGUCCCAGUUGAAACAGUUUACCGGGGGACCAUGAGGACGCUCCGUUCCGAAGUCUCUGCACGGUUCGGCUUGAACGAGACCAAGAGUUUUCAACUGUCCGCAGCCGGACUGUGAGGAAGCGUGCGGUCCGAUAGAGACCCAGUCCGGGCGGACCAGACCGCAGCAGACCCUGCCGGGAUUACUGUGGAAGAAGUCCGAAAACAAAGGAAACUUUUGUUCUUCUUUCAUUCCCCUCCGCCGGGAACAAACACAGGAGUUUGGAGAAAGUUCAAAAAGUUUUGACGCGCGCGCGCGUGCGCUCCCUUUGAUGUGAGCGCCGACAGGUUCUUUUGAUCCAGGUGGUUCCAGGUGUGAGGAUGGUGGAGAGCCGGAGCUGCGUCCAGAGAGAGGGGGUGUACCGCUGGUUCUCCACCCUCACCUCCGCCCAGAGAGCGGAGUUCCUCUGCGGCCUGCUGGACCUCUGCGUCCCCAUCGAGCUGCGCUUCCUCGGCUCCUGCCUGGAGGACCUGGCCCGCAAGGACUACCACUCCCUGCGGGAUGCGGAGAUCAAAGCCAACAACCCCGCGGACCUCUCGGGACUCACCAACGUCACGGACGAGGUGGUCCGCAGCAAGCUGCUGGUGUCCCUGGCGCUGCUGGGCACGGACAACCGGGAGGCCGCGGGGGUCCUGUACCGGACCCUGACCCACAUCGACACGGUGAUCAACAACUACGGGCUGGCGCUGAACGAAGGCAGGACGGAGGAGCAGUUCCUGCUGCUGUUCACCAUGGCCUCCAACCAUCCUGCCUUCAACUUCCACCAGAAACAGGUGCUGAGGCAUCAGCUGGGCCACAUCCAGGACAUCCUGCAGGCCGGCAGAGGAGGAGGAGGAGAAGCUGCAGCAGAAGCUGGCAGUGAUGGAGCUGCUGGUUGCCAUGGCGCUCAGCCUCAUCACCACUACGACCAUCAGACCGCCGCCGUGCCUCAGGCCUCCCUGCCCAACGCCAGCGCCACCUACCUGCCAACCUGCUACUGGCACAAGAACCAGAGCAGAGAGGCGUCGACGGGUUCAGGCCUGCCCUCUGCCGCAGCGUUGGGAAACGAAGAGCAGGCGGUCCCCCAGGAGCUGCCGGCUCCUCGCCCAGAGCUUCGCUCUCCUCCGCCGCCCCUGCAGGUCCAGGAUGCAACCAGGAGCCGCCAGGAGAAAGCAGCGAAAGCUGUGAUUGAGCGGGUGGUGCUCAGAAGAGCGAUCCACAAGCCAGACAACGGCAGCGAAUAUGUGUUUGAGGUGGGCUGGUCCGACGGUUUUACAUCCUCUGUUGUCAGAACUCAACAGGAAGUGGCAGAGCUGGUAUCCCAGCUCUCUCAGGUGUUUCCUGACGACGGACUGGAGAAGUUCCUCCCUCGGUCCGUAGAGGUCGACAGCAGGUGUCUGGCUGCGCUGCCCGGCCCCGUCCUGCAGCAUCACUCCGUCCAGCUGUUCUUCACCUCCAGCCGACCUCUGACCCCCAGCUGCCCCGCGUCUCCUCCCUCCACCAGGUUACCUCCCGCUUUCCCCACCUGCUCCACCUCCAACAGCGGCUGUAUGGUGCAGUACAGAGGAGCUAACAGGGCGGUGUACCGGGUGGCCAGCGUCCAGCCCGUCGUCAGCACCCACAGCUCGGUUCUGACCCGCUCCCCGCCUCACCUGUCCUCCCUCCUGUCCCCCCCCACGCCGCUGCCUCCCUCCAUGCACCACCUCCACCCUCCGCCCAGCACGCAGUCGCUGCACCUGUCCCACUCCCAGCAGGCGUCCCACUCCCCCUCCCUGCCCCGCUCCCACUCCCAUCCGGCCCAGUUAACGCAGAAUCAACCCAACACACCGGAGCAGAACGGCAUCCUGGACUGGCUGCGUAAACUCCGGCUCCAUAAGUACUACCCAGUCUUCAAACAGCUCACCAUGGAGGAGUUUUUAGCGCUGACGGAGGAAGACCUCAACAAGUACGACUUGACCCAGGGAGCGAAGAAGAAACUCAAGACUCAGCUGGAGCUUCAGAAGUCAGCAGACAAGGAGAUGAAGACGGAGAAGCGACCCUGCAGCGGCAUCGCCAGGGUGACACCGUCCAGUCACAUGGGAAUCUCAGUGCACCCCACCUCCACUGCAGGAGAGCUGCGAGUGGAGGUGGACGGAGUGCCACAUCUUCCUCCUCCUCCUCCUCAUCUGAUGUCCACAGACAGCAGCUCCUCCUGGAUGUCGCUCUGCUGCGACUCGGCCUUCGACAGGAACAGAGACGCUGUGGGCCGUCUGAACGCCGCCGGCGGUACGGAGAAGGAGCGCUUCCUGUUGAGUUCUGCCGGUCCGGCCCGUCCCACAGCUCAGGUUCUUCCGGUUCAGACCGAGCCGGCGCCCCCCCACCCCCCGUCCUGCUCCUCCUACCACCCCUUCAGCGUCCUGCAGCCCGACUUCCCGCUACAGCCCAGCUUCCCGAAACGCGUCCUGUCCUCCCCCAGGAAGCCCCGCCCCUCGCCGCUGGGCGCCGACGACCGGGCGAAGCCGCUGGGCGCCGUGGCGGCCGCAGCCGGGUUCAGCCUGGGGCCCGGGGUCGGCGUGGCGGCGCGGCUGGAGAGCCAGUUCUCAGGGCUCGGCGCGKYGGACGGCGGGCCUCAGGAGGCGCCGCCGGGCCGCGUGGGUCUGAUGGUGGAAACAAGCUCCGCCCUCACCUCCACCUCCAACAGCAUGCACCACGUCUCCCAGCCCCCGCUGCUCUUCCACCUGUCCUCCUCCCCCGCCGCCUCCGCCCCGCCCACCAACGCCGCUGGGAACCAGUACUACCAGUCUACCUCCAGCCCCGCCCUGCCCACAUCCUCCCCGCCCUCCUCCGAUCACAACGCCUCCGUGUGCGUCUGCAGCUCCUGCGGUUGCCACGGUAACUGCAGCCCGUACGCGGCGUUGCCUGGAUACGCCGCCGCCGGCUACCUGCAGCCAUCUUUGUUCACCCUGGGGCCGCUGCUCCACCUCAGCCCGCUCAUCGCCUCGUCCAGCGCCGCCGCCCCGCCCUUCUCCUACCCCAUGAUGGUCCCGCCUCCGCUCUACCGCCACAGCCCCACGUCACACGACCAGCAGCAGGGCUUCGGGUUCUACCAGCCGCACGGCAUUGUGGGAAACGGAGGCCAGAAGCGCACGGCAGGAAACAUGUCGUGCUACAACUGCGGCGGUGGCGGACAUCGAGCCGAAGACUGCAAGCAGCCGGCGAUGGACUCGGCGCAGCAGGGAACGUUUCGGCUGAAGUUCACUCCUCACUCUCAGAGUAAAGACUCAGGAGAAUAAACCACGGAGAGGCGGUGACCUUUGAACUGCUGGAAACGUUUUCACCUGCAGGAGCAAAUCAGCGAGUCGGCGAAACGCUGAUGGAGAAACGGUUCAACGAACCGGAGCUUCAGGCAGGAAGAGCUUCCUGCUUCCUGCUGCUCAGCCAAGAGUUUAGACCAAACUUUGGGUUUUCACUUUUCAGACUCUGUCAUUUCAUUUUAACGCUCGCCGUUGUGCUGCAGUCGGGCAUCAAUCGGCUGAAUUCCACAUAAACAACCAUUAUAUUCAAAAUGAGAUUUUAAAACAGGGUGAAACUUUUCUCUCUUUUUUCAGUGUCGACCCAAACCGACGAGGCGUUCAGGCGACGGCCGCUCCAGGACUGCCCGUCAUUCUUUAAGCAGCAGCUGAGUGAACGUCGUCGUUUAUGUCGCCUCUGCAGCUUUUCUACCUCAGAUCUGAGCUGAGGGCAGAAUCAUGGAGGUUCAUUUCACCCGUCCUCCUUCAGAUUAAACCUAAUUAGUGUCAAAAGUCUGCGCAGCAAAUGUUUUUCCAUCGCUGUCACUUUAAUUAUUAAAAAAUUAAAAAAUGUGUGCUGCACAAAAGCAGUGCAGUUGAUUGACAUUUGAUUAUCUCUAAUUAAUACAUUUAAAACAUUAGUGGCACAAACAACCCUGCAGAAAUAUAGCACAAAUAAUUUAGAUCACAUUUGUCGGGUUUUGUUCAUUUUGAAAACUAGUGCUGUUGACUGACACCAUACUUCUUAGAUUUUGUAAAUGUGUGUUGGAGUUGACCUUUGACCUCUUUAGGCAUUUAUUCAUCUUUAAAAUAAUUGUGGCACAAAUAAAAACGUUGCAGCACAAAUCUCUGGGAAAUGUUUGCAGCAUGCUUGACUGAUGCCACAUUUUGUUUGAUUUUGUAAACAUGUGGGGCCUGGUUGACCUUUGAUGACCUCUGGAAACAUUUGUUAUCUUUAAAAUGAUAGCGGCACAAACACAUUUCUUGCAGCACAAAAGUUUGACACCAAUUUGGUUUAAUUUGAAGGUUUGUGGGGCCCACUUCACUCAGGUCCGACUUUCUCCGUGUUUGGUUCCGUUCUCCUGUUUUGCGUUGCUCCUGCAGACUAGCGGCCGCCCUGUCUGGUCGCACGGCGAGGCGUUCAGGAAGCGUCGGUGUGUGUGUUGGGGUCUGAGGUGUGUGAUUCUGGGCUGGACCCAGAUCAGCUCUGCUCCCCUGGAGGGAGGGCGUAAAGCAAGAAGGGGAUUUAAUUUAAAAUACUAAACGUCCGAUUAAGUUCUGCUGAAAAUAAAUAAAAAAGGUUCGUUUGUGUUUUGCGGCUCAGAUGAUUGUAUAAAAAUGUUCUGGGUUGUAUUAUUAUGUUUAGGGAAUCUCUAGUUCAACUUUUAUAGUUUUUAUUGGAUUUGGUUUGUUUGUUUCCAGCAGUUUUUUAAAACAUUUUGUUUGCAAACGUUUCAGCAGUUUGUCUGGAGUUCAGGUUUUAUAUUGUCUGAUGUUUGAUUUUGUUCAGACUUGAAGCUCAUUAUGUGUGUUUAUUCCUUUAUAAACAUUGUAAUAUAAAGAACUUGGUGCCUUCAUUAUUCUGUUAAAACCUUGAAUAACUGCCUCUAUUUUCACAUACGAUGAGAUUCAUCAUCUGGAGUCGUGGUUCCUCUUAUGCAUCUGUGAUCACAAACUGACCUUAUCCAACUUCUCCAGAGCCGCAUUUUAGAGAUAAAAACAACACAAAAGAACUAAAGAAGUUAUUUUAAUUCACCGUUAUGUGACAUUUAUUCGUUUCAUUGAUAUCUUGUAUUAAGGCCACAGAUAGAAAAAACGAGUAAAUUUCCACUGAAAAAUCAGAAAUUUUCUAGAAAAAAAAUAAAAUUUUCUAGAAAAUUUGGGACUUAGUUUCAAAAGUAAAACAUUUUCCAUAUUUCUUCUAGAAAAUAUGAGGUUGAUCUGAAAAUGUUGGUUUUCUCAGACUCAUUUCUGAGAUCAAUUCCUGAUUAAUCUCAUAAAUCAACAGGUGAUUUCUGACUAAAAUGUGUUUAGUUCCAUCUUAUAAAAUUAAAUAAAAUUAACAAUCAAUUGGUUUGCAAAAAAAUAAAAUAAAACUCACCAAGUUUUUUCAU